AUGACUGAAAACUUUCGUGUGGGACAUGCGGUUGACUUUCAGGAUCUCACCUUGCCGUUCACGCUAGACUCCGCAACUGAGUUUUUGUUUGGGACCUCCGUGCAUUCCCUUCGGGCACCGCUUCUGCGCUCUUACAGCUCGACCCACAAUAGCUUUGCUGAUCAUUCUCCCUCAUCGAACCACGCUACGGCAGAAGCCUUUGCUCAUGCUGUGCAUGAGGUUGAAGUUGCAUAUCAAAGCGCACGACAUAUGCAUGUUAUUGACGAAUUGCUCAAUCCAAUCAUAGAGAAGGCACUAAAGAUGCGAUAUGAGAAGACUGCAAGUGACAAGUCAGUCGACGAGGACGAGGAAGAGACGUUUUUGGACCACUUGCUGACCUAUGAGGACAUCAAGGACAUGAAGUAUCUCCAUGCGCUCAUAAACGAGACACUGCAUUUGUAUCCUAUCGUGCACUAUCACACGCUCAUAACGAUCCUCAGGCCAUUCAACUCAUGGUUCUCUGUCAAUGCUGCUACAAUCCUGAACCCCGAUCCAAACGGAAAGCCGAUCUACAUACCUCCCAAUACACUAAUUUUGUAUCAGCCUUUCAUCAUGCAUCAUCGCACAGAAUACUGGGGGCCAGACGCCAUGGAAUUCGAUCCCGAUCGCUUCCUCGACGAGCGUCUGCAAAAGUAUCUCCUUCUGAACCUGUUCAUUUUCCUCCCUUUCAAUGCAGGGCCCCACAUUUGCCUCAGGCAACAGUUCGCAUAUAAUGAGGCGUCAUUUUUCUUGAUCAAGCUGCUGCAACGGUUCAUGGCCAUGGAGCUUGACCUCUCAGCACAACCUGUCGAAUCUCUCCCUCCAGUGCACUGGGUGGGCUCGUGGGGGCGGCAGGGCAUCGAAAAGGUGUGGCUGAAGGUGCACAUAGCGAUAUAUGCAGAAGGAGCUUAUGGGUUAAGAUGA